AUGCGUUUUCCUCUCCUCUGGUCCCUCCUCUCCGCCUCGGCCUCGCUCAUCUCGGCCACCAUCCUCGAGAAUGGUCAGGAGCGUCUGAACCCUUGGCCCGGUCAGGCCUCCAAUAUCUCCCUCGACGAUUCUUGGAGGAACUAUGACGCCGAUGCCUCCGAGAUCUCCUACAAGGGACGAUGGGAUAGCAAGAAGAUCGGUUGGUGGUCAGCUCCUGGCAUCAAAACCGAGUUCACCGGCGACAGGUUGGCGGUUAGCUUCGGUGAGCAUACCACCGAUGGUGUACUAGUGGCUUAUCGCAUUGGUUCCCUGGACUGGCUCUUCUCGAAUGUAACCGCCCGCUCUACCUAUCAGUUCGUGUCGCCUGAAACGGAUAUGGGCGGUAUUCCCGCGGGUGAUCCCAAGAUUUUUGAAUUGCGAGCUCAGAUUGCCGGUGUCUCCGUCGCCAGUGAUGCCCAUCUCUCCAAGGUCGAACCGUUUAAGAAAAAGGUGGAAAUUAUUGGCGGAUCUCUCGCAUCCGGACAGUACGGCACUUAUGAAACCCUCUCCUCGUGGUCCUGGCUCUACGGUGCUGGUCUGGGCAAUGUUGAAUUCACAAUCACCGCCUAUCCGGGAGUCUGUCUCGCCGACAUGAAGUGCUACGGCGGUGACGUCCAUGGCAUGCCAUGGUGGUGGCAUCGCGCCUCCGACCCCGGUUCGCGGGCUGGUUCAAUGUACGAUCAAGACCCAGAAGAAUACGACGUGCGCGGCGAACAGCCCGCCGACCUAGUCAUCAUCCAGAUGGGCGGCAAUGACCAUCGAGAGCCGAACAAAGUUCCGGGUUCUGAUUUCUACCAUGAUUACGUCCGCCUGAUCGAUGACGUCCAUUCGGUGUGGCCCAAGGCCGUCGUGGUCAUCAUGACACAAUGGAGCGUCUGGGAAAAACGCGGCACCCAGUACGUCCCCACCUCCAUUUACGACGAGGAAAUCAAGCGCGUUCACGAUCAUUACAAGGACAAGGGUUUCGUGCACUGGUUCGACACCGCCGGCAUCCUGCAGCACAACGACAUCAACCCCAAAAACCACCCCACAGAUGUUGGCCACGUCAAGAUCGCCAGCCAUCUACUGCAAUGGACUCGUCUGAUCAUGAGAUGGCCUCUGGAGCCCACGGGCGAGGUUCAGCAUGGUACCCUGUACUGGAACGACAUGCAGGAGUAUUGA